UUGAAAACUUAUUAACUUAAACUUUAGUUUUAAUUUUGUGACAUACUAAUCAUCCGUGAUUUGGAAAGCUGGCAGUACACUUAUGGUGAAAACAGAGGAUAUGAGUCAGCUGGAAGAACAGUAUUUCAUUUAUAGAAAAAACUAAGUGGUCAUAGACGUAAUUUUUACCGUUUAUAAAAGGCACCAAGGGACCUACAUUGCAGUAAACUAGUUUCUCAAUCGCAUAAAAUGUCAGAUAAGAAAACACACAAUGAUAACAAUAAGCAGAGGCCUCUGCGUUCAAAUUUAAAGGAAGGGGCGGGUCUUCACUUAAAAGAUCCAUCAAGUGAGCUGUUGGAUGAUGGAAUACCUGAACAAAGCACUACAACAGCAGAACCAUCAAAUGAUGUUCCUCAUGCUGAUCAAGAAAAACCAGGUCCUAGUGCUGACCGUAAAGUUUCUGAUCCCCAUAGUGCGGAUAGCAUUGCAACACUUAUGGGAUUUCAACCUGGUAAAGAACCCCAUAGUAUACCUGGUAUUGUGCACAGGAAGAGAUCUGAUUCUUCUGAGGAUACUUUAUGGAUGGCAUCAAGCUCUGGGACAAUGCCGAUUAUUUCUCCCUCAAACGUUGCACUCUAUACACCAAGCACUCCAUCACUAGGUCGACAAAAAGUGGGUGUUGAUGAUGAUCAACAAGUGGCUGUUGAUAGUAGUCAAAGAAAAGAUUCUACUGUUAUUAAUGUACCCAAAGUGUCUUUUGAUCCUAGCGUGUCUAGCCAUUAUAAAGGAAGAGUCGUUUCAUGGGCAGAGGAGGUUGAACCUGAACAGAAAUUUUCGAAAGUUAGUUCAGAUGAUGACCUAUCAACUGAUUCUGCAAAAAUAGCUCAAAAUGAACAAGCAAGAAUUUCAAUUGAACCAACAAAACAACAUUCAGAUAUUGGAGCGCCAAUAAUGAUGACAGAUGCUGGGAUACUAAAAAUUUUCCCUGAUACUGGCCAAUCAAAAGUUCCUCCGAAUGAUGAACUUUCAAAAGUUUCUGAUAUUGAACCAACCAGAGCUGUUUCAGAUACCGAGCCAUCAAAAGCUGUCUCUGAUACCGAGCCAUCAAAAGCUGUCUCUGAUACCGAGCCAUCAAAAGCUGUCUCUGAUAUCGGGCUAUCAAAAGCUGUCUCUGAUAUCGGGCUAUCAAAAGCUGUCUCUGAUGUUAUGCCAUCAAAAACCAUUCCUAAAAUCGGACCAUCAGAAGCUGUUUUGGAUGUACACCCAUCAAAACUUGGUUUUGAGGUACACCCAUCAAAACUUGAUUCUGAGGUUUUAAAGAGCAGAGAAGGCACUGUCGGGAAAAGUCAAGAACAAAUUAUUGGCCAGGAUAUAUCUAAAGGCCAUUCUUAUCACAGCAUGAAAGGUCAUGAAUUGUACGGUGACAUUACUUCAAAAAGCCCCAAACAAGGCAGCCAUUCCCGUUCGUCUAAAACAAGCCCAGAGAAGAAAAUAAUCAGGAGGCAAAGCGACAGGUCACUUCACAACUUUAUGGCCGGUUCUCAUGCAGCGCUUACCUCGGCAAAAGCGACCGGGUCGAGAUUUGCUAUACAGUUCGACACACCUGAAGGUGAAGCGCUGGAAAGAGACAUCUGGAGAAAGAAGUUACCAAAUGGAAAUGAAGAGCCAAUCGAUUUUGACGAAGCAUUGCAAGAAACAAAGUUUGGAUUCUUUCAUAUUGCGUUGUAUAUAACUUGUGGAAUCAUAUAUAUGGCGUGCAGUGCCAGUUUAAGCACACUUUCUUUCACAUUGCCUGCCUCAACUUGUGCAUUAAACCUGACUUCGAUUGACAAAGGGCAAAUCAAUGUUUUCCCAUAUAUCGGAAUGCUUAUCGGGACAUUCUUCUGGGGCUCAAUUUCUGAUACAAAAGGGAGAAAGAAGGCAUUAUUAAUGAGCCUUUUGCUAGAUUUUGUCGCAGGUGUGUUAUCCAGCUUCUCCUAUAACAAGUUCAUGUUAAUGCUAUUUAGGGUUUUUAAUGGUUUCAGUAUUAUCGGAGCGACAAGUUUAGUAUUCGCAUAUUUUGGCGAGUUCCUAACUGAGAACCAAGGAGAAAUAUUACUGCCGCUAAUUGAAUUAUUCUACUGCUGCGGAAUGGUAUACAUACCAGCUCUUGCCAUGUUGAUUCUGCCAUAUAAAAUUCAUAUUCAAAUUGGAAUAAUAGAUUACCAGUCUUGGAAUCUGUUCACCGCAUGCGCAUCCAUCCCGUCUUUCACCGGGCUUGUCUUCGUCUCGUUCUUCCCAGAAUCGCCAAAGUUCACGCACAUCACGGGCAGGCUCCAAGAGACUUUUGACACUCUGAAAAAAAUGUACAGAAUAAACACGAGGAAAUCAACAUCCAAAUUUCCAGUGAAUUGCCUCAUUGAUUCGGAUACAGCCAAAAAACUGGAGUCUAAUAAAUUCACUCUGAGCAAAGUUAUAACACAACAGUUUCUAGAUCUGUUCUCUGCUUACAAAGAACUUUUUGGCAAUGAAAUGCGAGCGCGUACCAUAUUGUGCUGUGUUAUUGAUUUUUGCUUCAACUUUGGGUAUUUGACACUAGUAAUCUGGGUACCGGAAUUACUCGAGAGAAUGGCCAAAUAUUCAAGCUUUUACAAGAAAAGUGCAGCCAUGUGUGAAGCUUCAGAGGCGCUUAGUACAAUACUUGACCAAUCCGAUAGCGAGUGUCACACAAUAACUCAUGACAUUUACGUUCAUGCUCUUGUAAUAACCAGUUCUAGCUUCCCUGUAGUGAUCAUUACUUUCCUAUUCCUAAGAUGUAUAUCUAAAAAAUUCAUACUAAGUGUACUCCUGUUAUUGACUGGCAUCUCCGCAUUGCUAUUCAUACAUGUGCAAGAACAAAGUUUUAUGAUAUUUCUUUGCGCAAUGUUCGAAUCUAGUGCCACACUUCUGGAAACACUGCUUUUCAUUAUUAUCGUCGAAAUUUUCCCCACUACAAUUGCGGGUACUGCACUUGCAGUGACUGCUAGUUCAGGAAGGUUUGGAGCUAUCAUCGGCAACAUGUUUAUCGGCUUCUUUGUAGACUCACAUUGUCAACUCCCUGUUUAUAGUUUUGGCAUCUGCUUUUUUAUUGCGGCAUUGCUUGUUUUGUUCUUGCCAUCAAAAAAGUGACAUCUCAACAUAGCUGUGGAGAUUUUAUCUUUUGCAUUUCCGGUCAUCAUCAGCAUUUUUUCCAAUUUGAAAAUAAUAUUUUUUUAUUGCUUUUAUUAAUAAACAGUCAAAAUAAUCAAAACUUU